AUGAAGUCUAGACCAAAGGUACCUGAUCCCAGUCACGUCAAGUACUACUACCACAGCACUCUAAGUCAAGUUACUAGUACGCCAUCAUCACAACAUGUCUGAGGAACAACAGAAGAAGCAAGGCGGCGGCGGUUUAGGCGGCAUCCUCGGCGGCGUCACUGACACCGUAGGAAACACCGUCGGCGGCGUCACUGACACGGUCGGCAACACCGUCUCGGGCGUGGGCCAGGGUGUCGGCAAAACCGUCGGCGGCGCGACUGAAGGGCUCGGCAACACUACCAAAUCCGUGGGCGACACGGCCAAAGGCACGACAGAUAGCAUUGGCGGAAAGAAGCAGACUGGGGAUAAUCCUCUGGGGUUGUAAUUGUCAAGUCCACGGCAAUUGGCUGUGCACUGAAAGGAUAAGGACUGCUGGCCAGGAUCAGAGUACCACUACUAAAGCUGUAGCACGAUGGAGGUUUAAUCAUACAACUCUUGACUGAUACGAAAUGAUAUGCAUUGACACC